AUGGUUAAAACUGUUGUAGACGAGUUUGAAAAUAAAAGAAAGAACGAUAUUCAAAGUUUUAACUUGAUUUAUACCAAAUCAUUAACAUCAGCUGAUAUACAUAAGAUAGAAGUCAAAAAACCUCGAACGUGUUUAAAACAAAUUAAUCGAGAAAAUAUAUUGACCAACGACCCAAAAGAAUAUUUUCGUUUGACCUUAUACCUACCAUUUUUGGAUUAUUUAAUAUCAGAUAUCAAAAGUAGAUUUGUAGGUCACGGACAUGAAACGAUUAUGUAUUUACAAUACUUAAUACCAUUUUUCCUACGUGAAGAUACAGACAUCGAAAAAAUUAUUGAAUCGGCCAAAUUUUAUAUCGACGAUCUAAUUAGCUCGAUUGAAGAGGUUAGAGAAGCUUUGACUCAUGCAUCUGAAUUUUAUCCUAAUAUAAAGGAAUUGCUAAAAAUUAUUUGCGUUAUACCAGUUACCACUUGCACCGCAGAAAGAACAUUUUCCUCACUUCGACGAACAAAAACAUAUUUGAGAUCGACAAUAGGAGAGGAUAGAUUAAAUGGACUUAUGCUUCUUAAUAUUCAUAGGGAUAUUAAUAUUACUCCAGAAGAAGUUAUUGAAGAAUUCA